AAUGAGUGAAUGCAGUCACCAUCCUGUAUCUUUUUGAUAUUGUUUAUGGUCCAUAUUGGAUUAGAUAUGACAGUGUUCAGUACUUUUUGUUAAGUCGGUUUUAGUUGAAGUGGAAAUAUUCAUUGAUUUCAUGAAUAACUUAUUAUUUUGAUGGCAUAUACAAAUUGUAUUAAAAUAUAUCGACUUCAAAUAAAAUAUUCUUAUACAAUGGGUUCACACUCUGGAAGCCCCUCAAAGCGAAAACAUCAUAAAAAUAAGCACAAGAAACGAAGUAAAUCUAGAAACCAUAUUCGGUCACAGGACAGAGAAAAAGAUAGAUUGGAAAUAGAUAUAUAUAGAAGUGGGAGCAGUAGAAGAGAAAGAGAUCGUGAUCACAUCUAUAAAAAAUCAAGAAAGCGUUCAUCUCCCUCAGUCAGUUCAAGUGAGAGCCCUGUAUCUGAUGUUGAAACACACCGCAGUCACAAGAGAAGUCGUUAUAAAAAACUUGAUGAAGUAGAGCGUUUGGCAGAAAUGGAGCGCCACAGAAGGCAAAAAGAAACGGAACAGAAGAUUAUUGAGGAAGAAGCUGCAAAGCGUAUUGAACUUUUAGUAAAAAAAAGAGUUGAAGAAGAACUUGAAAAACGUCGUGAUGAAAUUGAAGAGGAAGUGGAACGCCGUGUUGAAGCCGUAAAAAUUCAAAUGGAGCGGGAAAUGAUGAUAGAGUUAGAGAAAAGACGUGAACAAAUACGGGAAGAAGAAAGGCAACGUGAGGAGGAAGAAAAAAAGAAGAGAGAAGAGUUGGAAGAAAUUGUUGCGGAAAAUAAUCGUAAAAUCGAGGAAGCUCAAAGAAAAUUGGCUGAAGAGAGAUUGGCCAUAAUUGAAGAGCAACGUUUAAUGGAUGAAGAACGUCAACGUAUGCGGAAAGAACAAGAGAAACGCGUUAAAGAAGAACAAAAAGUAAUUUUAGGAAAAAAUAAUUCGAGGCCAAAACUAUCUUUUUCACUAAAACCGGGUGCUUCAUGAGUGUAGUUCAAGUUUUCAAUUA